GGAAUUCUGAAUCGCGUGUACGUUCCUGUCUCGAGAGCUGUGUCGAGUGUACGUUCGCAGUGUUCGCACUGUUCGCAGUUGUAUUCAGGCAGUAACUGUCCCAGAAGCCGGAACGUUUCGCGUUGCACGUCGCAAGCAAAGAGUUACGUACAGCACGUAUCAGACCCGAUCAGGAUCGAUUGAAUCAGCGAAUUAAUAUUCGACGACGAGGAGCAGCUUGUCAUCGAAGGGGUGAAAAAGGAAGGAAGAAAUCAAAAGUGGAAGAAGGAAGCAUCGGCGACGGUGUCACGUUGUCACGUAUACGCGACCGACCGUUUCAACCGCCUAACUUUCGUAGACGAGACAUCGUAGAAAGACAGACGUAUAACGAGACACUGGGGUGCACCCGACAGGGCGAACCAUCUGUCUCGAUACACCCACGGGGAUCCGUUCAAUUUUCACGCUAGAAGGCGGCCGUCCAGCAGGGCGAUACCAUUUUAUAUGACUUUUCUUCGACGUCAAGAAACAUCCAGGAUAUCAUCCAGAGGGAAAGGAUCGGUGUACAGCAAAGGCGGCGGUAGUAGGACAUUGUCCAAGCGAUUUUUAAACGGCAACAUCAUCACCAUCGGCCGGUUCAAUCGUUCCUUACGAGCCACUCGCGAGUUAACGACACCAACCUGGUACCCAGGCUUUCUUAGGGGCACAAGCGACGGACAGGCAGCGUGUAUGAUCAUUGAAGACUAUCCCCCUCUGCCCACUAAACCGAGGCAAUAUCUGCAUCAAGAUACCACGCAACGAUUUCUGAACCACCUGGUCCUACCCAAGCACAGGACCUCAAAAUUUUCCAGUAAUAGGCAUCGAAAGCUACAGCCGUUCAGAGAAACGUGACUGGCGUCAGCGGGUAGUGCGGCACACUUCACCGCGGACAACGAGAA